GUCAUCCUUCUGCAUCGCACCAUACAUUGACAAUACAAAAACAUAAUGCAGAGUCUCUGGGUGUUGGGUGGCAUGACACGGCGUUGUUUGCUCCCAGUGUCCUUCAGUUGUGUGCCAUCGUGUGAUGCGCUGUGUAAUUUGGCUUUAUAAAAUCGGUUCUAGGUCAGUAAGCACAACCAGAAGUAAUUGCACCAGGUUAUAAGGCGCACUGUCGAUUUAAAAACAAUUAAAGUCUUUCAAGUGUGCCAUAUAGUCUGAAUAUACAGUAGUUCACUUUCCUUCCUUCCAACCUUUCACUGAAAUAAUACAUUUCCUCUGACCAACCAAAUUGAACAAAUAAAAAGGCCUGGGAAUUGGAAAAACCUGUGAUCAGAAGGUGCCGCAGGUUGAACCUGCUGGUUCUAAGUAGGACUACAUUGGAACAUAAACCUAUGAAAAGAAUCGUUUCAGGCGUAUCACAAAGUUACAAAUGACAGACAGUCGUGGAUGAUCCACGUUUCUAUGGCAUGUCCAUUAACCAUUAAGUUGCAAGAUGUCUCUCCCACAGUGCCUGGAGCCUCAGUGUCCGUCAACUGCAAUGUAUAUGUAGAAGUCCAGAUCACAUUGGUCUUUCAACUGAAUGAUUGAAUUAUGAAAACAGUUUGGACUAUAAAAUGGCUAGGACUUUCAGGGAGAUUAAGCUCCUAGAAUUGCUGGCUGCUGCAUCACAGUUUGCAUUGAAAGUUAGAAAGAAAGAUGUGGUCUUGUUGUUUCCAGCAGACUUUUUAGAGCUUUGUCCAUUACAACUAAUCCUACAUUGGACUAUCAUCUGCAUUCAGAUAUCUAUGCUUCACCAGGUGUGGUAGCUGUGGUUGUAAUUGUUCUGUCUGAAGGUGUGGUUUCAAAAGGGAAAGUGAACCCUUUGAUGUACCUGAAAUAAAGGGUAUCAAAGGAAAAGCAUAGAGGCCGCUUUCUCGUCUGUUAAAAACAACACAGUGACAUGUUUGGUCAAAGACUUAAGCGACAGAGGCUCGUGAGAUUUAAAUAUGCCAGAGAAGGUCCCAAUCAAAAACAUUGAGCGGGAGCUAAUCUGCCCAAUCUGCAAGGAGCUCUUCACUCACCCGCUGAUCCUGCCAUGUCAGCACAGCAUCUGUCACAAGUGUGUCCGGGAGCUGCUGAUGCUCAACCAUGAGGACUCUUUUGAUGCAGGCUCAGAGUGUUCACUACCGAGCAGCCCCAGGUCCAGAGUCCCCUCCCCGUCCAUGGAGAGGCUGGACAGAAUUGUGCGAUCAGGUGGGUCUCGGGGCUCCAUCUCAUCCCCGGGUUGGCGCAAAGGGUCCGUGACCCCUCGCAUCACCACCAUCCACUGCCCUGGCUGUCAGCACGAUAUCGACCUUGGCGAGCGCGGCAUCAGCAUGUUGUUCCGUAACUUCACCCUGGAGAGCAUUGUUGAGCGCUACCGCCAAGCUGCCCGCGCUGCUGUGGCCAUCAUGUGUAACAUCUGCAAGCCUCCACCGCAGGAGGCCACAAAGAGCUGCAUGGACUGCAAGGCUAGUUAUUGCAACGAGUGCUUCAAGCUGCACCAUCCGUGGGGAACACCCAAAGCUCAGCAUGAAUACGUUGGUCCUACGACAAACUUUAGGCCCAAGGUGCUCAUGUGUCCAGAGCAUGAGAUGGAGAAGGUGAACAUGUACUGUGAGGUGUGUAGACGGCCGGUCUGUCAUCUGUGCAAGCUGGGAGGAUCCCACGCCAACCACAAGGUCACCUCCAUGAGCAGUGCAUACAAGAUCCUGAAGGAGAAACUUGCCAAGAGUAUCCAUUACCUCAUCAGCAAAGAGGACCAGGUCAGGACUCAGAUUACUGAUCUGGAGCAGCUAAUCAGUCAAACAGAGGAGAACGGUCAGUUGGCGGAACGUGAAGCCAAUGAACACUUUGAUCAUCUGUUUGAGACUCUGCAGGAGAGGAAGUCAGAGAUGCUGAGGUCCAUCGAACAGUCUCGAAGCCGACGUCUGAACCAACUUAAGUCCCAGGUGGAGGAAUACCAAGGCAUGUUGGAGAAUAGUGGUCUGGUGGGCUAUGCUCAGGAAGUGCUGAAAGAAACUGACCAGUCCUGCUUUGUACAAACUGCAAAGCAGCUGCAUGUCCGAAUUCAGAAAGCGACUGACUCUCUGAGGACCUUCCACCCUGCAGCUGAUCCCAGCUUUGAUGAGUUUGUCCUAGACACGUCCAAAGAAGAAACUCUGCUCAAAGAGAUGUGCUUUGGUGGAGUACCAGAACCUCCUUUGAUUGACCUGUCCAACAGCCAUGUUUACAAUAAGGCCUCAAUCUCCUGGAGACUGUCUGAUGAUCACCUUCCCACAGAUCACCACCUGGUUGAAUAUUGCAGACGUGGGGCCCCCUGUGAGGACAGUGAGGACAGCGGUGUCUGGAGGUCCACAGAUCGGGUGUAUGGUCCCAGCACUGUUGUGUGUGACCUGGAGCCCAACAGUCUGUACUCCUUCAGGGUUCGAACCUGCAGGAACUCCAUGUUCAGUCCCUACAGCCCUGAGAUCAUGCUCCACACACCACCUGCACCUGCAUUUGGAUUUCUGUUCAGUGACAAGUGUGGCUUCAGUGCAGAGCGGCUCAUCCUGAACAAGCAGCGUGAUGUUGUGGAUAGUGUGGCAGGCAUGGCCUUCCUCCUGGCAGCAGAACGCGUGCAGACAGGCAGUUAUAUUCCUCUGGAUUAUAUAAUUGGAGACACGGGCAUCUCUCAGGGAAGACACUACUGGGCAUUUAGAGUGGACCCUCAGUCGUUUAUGGUGAAAGUGGGCGUGGCCUCUGACUCGAAGCUGAUUGAAUGGUUCCACAAUCCCAGAGAUACCAGCAGCCCGAGAUACGACCACGACAGUGGUCAUGACAGUGGCAGUGAGGAUACAUGCUACGAUGUCUCCCAGCCCUUUACCCUCCUCACUGUUGGCAUGGGGAAAAUCUUCAUCCCAAAAGCCUCAUCUUCCUCCUCUGUGUCGUCCACAAGCAUGCCGUCUGCUGAGCCAGGAAACCGUGUGCUGCCCAUGCCACAGCGUCUGGGGGUUUGCCUGGACUAUGAAGCGUGUCGUGUGUGUUUCUACGACGCUGACACCAUGAGGUGCCUUUACGAGAGGCAGGUGGACUGUUCAGGAACAAUGUAUCCGGCCUUUGGCCUCAUGGGCAGCGGCAGGAUUCAACUGGAAGAGCUCAUCACCACAAAGAAGCUGACCUUCUGACAAGUGGGCAGGGUGGGAUAGGCAGACACAUUAGAAGCUUAACUGUUUUAAUUUAGGCAUGUACUGUGAAGAGCAGGUUUUAGUGAUGUAGAAAGUACCAAUCCAACCCAUUUGUCUGAAGAUGACACUCCUCAGCCUGGGCAUGUUCAAUGUAUGAGCCACACACAUGGUCCAGACCCUGCAGUGUGUCCACAGAGAGAUACUGAGAGCUGAGUCUGCUUCUGAAAGGGGUGUUCUUUCCAAACCAAAGCCUGUGUUUCUGUAUGUUAUAGAUGGCCUGGUUUUAGUUGCCAGUUGUGAUCAACUGUUAAUGAAGUUUGCUGCAAGGCUUUAUCUGCAUCCAUUUUAAACGUUUGUUUGGAUAUGAAAAGAAUCAGUUUGUUUUUUCACUUUCCUUCCUUGAUGUGGCUAGGUUGUUAUUGUGUUAUAUUUGUUGGGGUUUUUUUCUGAUCAAUGUAGCAGCAGAUUCUGUUGAUACAAUAGUGAACCUGAGAAAGCCUCGUAGCUGCUUUUGAAGCUUGUGCCUUUCUGACUUUUUUUAAUAACAGGUUAAUUUGUUUCCUCCAGCAAAGAUCGGUUUAUGCCACAGCACCAAGCAUUGUGGAAACACUUUCAGCAUUUAUUCAACAUGUGAAGAGUCACUGUAUAGUUUGUAUGUAGACAUUGGUGUCACUAGUUUCAAUGGUUCUUAGUUAUUAUGAGUUGAACUGUCACUUCUGUACUCUUCAAAUGUAACACUUUCCUCUUUGGUUAUUUACAGUGGGUUUUGCACAAUUUGUAAAUAUUGUGAUGUCUCACACACUUGAUUACCUUUACAAUCACCACAUUUACAUCACUUCCUGUCAGAUUCUCACAUCCUCACACUGAUUGACUGUACCAUUAUAAGUGUUGAGCAGCUGCUUAUAAUUCAACAGCCUCCUGUGGUUUGCACUCUAGUUGUAGCUGAUGAUGUAAAAAGUAACAGGUACUUUUUUUUCCUGUACUUGUCCAACACUACGUGAACAGCUGGAGCGUCACUGAAAUCCUAAUCUCUGUUUGCUCUGCUGCUUAUUCAACACAUGUCUUUUUGGCCUUGUAGUCUUUAAAGCAGUUCAGGUUCUAGCAGAGGUGCCUCAACACAGUUCACUGUAGCUCCGGCAAAGAAAAAACCAAAACAACAACUUGCAGUGAAGAGACACAGUGUAUUAGCGUUUUGCUGUUGGGGCUGCUUGGCUUUGAUAAAGCCCUGGAGUGCACACACUUAACAAGUCUAUAGGCUGGAUCACGACACUCUCUGGUCUGUGUAUAGAUGGACAGUCGACAUGGUUGCAGUUCAUUUCAACAUAUUUCUGUCAAUAUUUCUAACUUCUGGAGGUUAAGGGGAACUGAUAUGUGUUUUCUCAGGUUUCUGGUUCCUGGAUGGGACCUCGCUUUACCUACCUCUAUGUGUCAGACCUGGAAAACCUUAACUACUGUGCCCCCACAUCCCCAGAACCAGGCUUUUAUUUAAAUAACAGCCUCUCCAUAGCAUUAAGUUUCAUUUGUCCACUUUCUUUUUAGUGUUACAAAUUUAUUUUUACAUUUCAUGUACAUGUUAAUCCAAUGUAUUAUUUUAGCUUAAUGCAGUACAUCCUAAAUGUUUACUAUGGCAGAUGUGUAUCACUGUAGGUGGGUCCAGACACGAUUGAUGUUUGGGUUGUGUUUUGUUUUUGUUUUUUGUUGUUGUUUUUGGUGGCAAUUUCCAGAGAUGCUCCAAAGUUCACUGAAUAGUUUUUUUUUAUUCACCAGAUAUUACAGCUUAACUCUAAAUAAAAGGUUUUGGGGGCAGUGCACAUAAAUACACAGUUAAACACAUUAGUGUUGGUGUACUCCCGCCCCUCCCCCGCACCACCCCCACACAAAGCUUACUGACCUAAUCACACUAGUUACUACUAUGGAUUAAUGAAGAAUUUACAGGUUUAAUUUCUCUCACUAAGGGCUCUCUCCCUCAGUUUUUCCCAUAUCAGGGUCACCACACAUGAAUUAAUCAUAAUUAGGCACAGUGACUGUUUCAAAAGCUUGUAAUCUGAACUUAUAACCAAAUGUUUUGCAAGCUGGCUAUCAUACUAUUUCCAAGCUUGCACUUUAAAAGUCCGUAGCAUGUCAGCAGGUAUGUGGCUCUGCAGGUGUCUAUAAUAAACAUGUAGGUGUGUGUGCAAUAUUAAGAGGAUGUAGAACAGAAAACAGUGAAGACUGACACAGACGUUUUGCACUGAUAUUAGUAUUUUCUCUUCUUGAUUCCUCUUCUUUCGCUGUAUUGUAAUGGCGGGAUAUCUCUGUUGAUAUUUUCUCCUGAGCUCUUAAUGUGUGUCUGUAUUUUUUUCCCAGAGUAGUCAGAAUGUGAUGUGUAAAUGGUGAGUUUUCUCAUGUGUAGUAUGGAAAUGUAGUUCUCUGGUUUUUAAUUUGCUCUCUAGGCAUUUCGUCAAAUAAACAAGCGUGUUUUUAAAAAGAA